AUGGCUUCCACUACUGCCUUCUCGUCUCACUCUCUCUCUUCCUCUCUUGCCCUCCGCCUCUCGAGGGCUUCCACCCUAGGGUUUCCCCGCUCCCACUCCCUCCGGGUCGAGGUCGUCCAUCCCUCGCCCUUCCUCCAUGGGUCGAUCGCCUCCGGCGGCAGCGGAAUUCUCGGAAAGAUCCGUGGGAAUGAUUCUCAGUCUUCUAUCAAUUCAGAAGACACAAUGGGAUCUUCCUCCUCGAUGUCUGACCAAGAGAAGGAUGUGGUUCCAGUGCCAAUGGUACUGAUUGAUCAAGAUUCGGACCCUGAUGCAACGAUCGUGCAGCUUAGUUUUGGGGACCGUCUGGGGGCACUUGUUGACACGAUGAAAUCACUUAGAGAUCUGGGCCUGGAUGUGACCAAGGGAAGUGUAACAACUGAGUCUUCUGUUAUAAAGAGAAAAUUUUUCAUUAAGCGAUUGGGACGGAAGGUUGAUGACCCUGCAAUGUUGGAAAAAAUUCAGCUUACCAUAAUCAACAAUCUUCUUGAGUACCACCCUGAAUCUAGUGAGAAGCUGGCAAUGGGUGAGGUUUUUGGAAUAAAACCUCCACAGAAGAAGCUUGACAUUGACGUUGCAACACGUAUAUUUGUUGAAGAUGAUGGACCGAAGAGAAGCUUACUCUACAUUGAGACUGCUGAUCGACCUGGGCUACUGCUGGAGAUAAUCAAUAUUAUAGUAGACAUAAAUAUUGAUGUGGAAUCAGCUGAGAUCAACACUGAAGGCCUGGUUGCCAAGGAUAAAUUCCAUGUAAGCUACAGAGGUGCCGCAUUGGACAACUCCUUAGUGCAGGCGUUGACAAACUGUUUGCGUUACUACCUUAGAAGGCCUGAAACAGAGGAAGACAGCUACUGAUGCCUCAUUCCAAUGCAGUUCAAGACUGCACAAUCGGUGUAGCUCCCCUUCCACCUUUUACAAAACUGGUUUUCUGUAAUUAGAGACCACACGGCACCCCUCCUGUUACAUCCUUUGCCAAAAUCUGUACAUAAUUGGUAUCUGCUCUGUGCAUUGCCUAAACUGUAGGCGUGGGCUCGAGCUCUCUAUUCUGAAGCGAACUGGAUGCUUUUAGCCUUUGAUUUUGAAUGGCUUUAGGUGCAGCCGCUUCUGCAUGUCAGAGCGAUUCAUUCUAAUCAAAUGUUAUGAAUGAUGAUGCUUCUUUA